GCGGUACCCACGUCCUGAGGGGGGCAGGACGGUUUUUUUCGGUUUCUAUUAUUGAACGGCUCGGGUGAGCUGCUCGGGAGAGCAGCUAUGAGGCUGUCGGGUUGGCUGGGGCUGCUCUUGUUCUUUGUGUCCUCUGUGGCAUACAUCCACUGUGAGGAAGUGUUUGGCAUCGUGGGAGAAAAUUUUACUUUUCCAGUAAAAAUAGACAAAAAAAUAGUGGAAAUUAUUUGGACGAAAAACAAGGAUAAAGUGGCUGAAUGGGAAGGGCAACCCAAACCGACAUAUUUUACCUCUCUCCGUAACAGAGGCUUGCUUAACGUGGAGAAUGGGAGCUUGACUAUAUUUAACUUGGAGGACAGUGAUACUGGCGUAUACGUGUUACAGUACUUGGAUUCUGUGAAAACAAAUUAUGAAAUAACUUUCAUACUUGCUGUGUUACGUCCCCCUUCAGAACCUAAAAUAAGUUGCAACAGCAGUGGUGAUAACGUUGUAUUAAAAUGUGCAGCAGAUUUCCAGAAGCCUCUGUAUUACACUUGGAAGUUUGAUGGCCAACCACAUAAUACUCAGUCCCAGGAAGUUUCCAUCCCUGAAAACAGUGACACUCCCAAUAAAGUUACAUGUUCAAUUAAAUUCUCUCAAACGGAAAAGAGCUCUGAAAUCUCUUUGACUCAAUGCUUUCUAAAUAAAACAGGAGUUGGCUAUCACAAAAGAAGUCGUGAUGGUCUUGCUAUGGCUUUUGUUCUCUUAAUUGUAGGAGUUGUAGGAAUACUAGCAUUGCUUUACAUGAGAGCUAGAGGUAAACUUGGAACAGGAAAAGCUGCUCAGAAGAACAGUCCAGUGCAUGGCUCAGGAGAACAACUUUGCUCUCCGGACAGCCAAGAACAGCUUAACUCAGACAGAGCUAUCUCUUCACAAGCUGUUGAAGGUGAGAAUGAAAAGCCUGAAGCAGACAAAGAAUUGAACAAGGAGGACAAUCCCCUGAAAGACAAGCAGAUGGUGGACAAUGAUGUAAAUCAGGAAGAAUUGUCUGCCAUGCAGAACAAAACCCUAACAUCCAAGUGUGCAGCUGACCAAGGUGUAACAGAGGGAGAAGUGACCCAGGAUGCAGAAGGCGGAAACAGAGAGCACCCGAACAACUCUUCCAGUAAAGAAGACCAAACAACAGUGGACGAGAAGCUGUAGAAUGCAAUGGUGAAGAAGCUGCUAUCUUUUCUCCUGGAGGUUUUCCACCAGCACUGAAGUCAUCCAUAAAGAAGUGCUUUGAAGACUAGCUGAGCUGUUUCUGGUGCCUAUUUGUCUUUUCUCAGAAGGGACAGCCUCUUUUUCUAGUGGAUGAAGAUAAACAGGUUGAAUCAUGGACACAAUCUUUUAUAUUGUUUUGUAUCCAGUUAUAACACAAUUUUCUACUAACACAAAAUGUAAGAGCUAAAGCCUUUUUUAUAAUUGAUAUUUAGAGAUUAACAAAGUCAUAUCCAUUUGCAUGAAUGUGGAUAAAUCAAAAACUAAUCAGCUUUCUAUGCAAUUUUGGAUCAGUACCUUUUUACAGUCAGAAGAAAGACCAUUCAUCCUUCAGCAGUUCCAGAUGGAUGGAAGCUUGCAUUUGCUAGUCUCCAGCAGGAACUCAAUGCUCCAGAUAAGUAUUCUCCAAGAUAGCUGUCUCCUGGAGUUGGCAGAAGAGUGGCAAACUGAUGUGGCAAUCUCCUGAUGGUGAUUGACUUUGUCAUAAAGCAGCAAUUCAGUUUGUUGCAUUGGAAUGAAGCUGCUGCUAUUAGGAGUGCUUGUGACUGGAAAGAAAACUUGAAAACUGAGGUCAUAUAUAGACUAAAGCUCAAAAAGAAUCAAAGAGAAAAGAAUACCAUGUAUUAAUGUUUUCAGAACAUCAGGCUAUGGAGCAUGUUUUGUGACUAUUUGUGCAUACUGGUUGUUUAUGAAAGCUGAAAGCCAUUUCAGUUGAUUUUGAACUUGGUAUGUGUAAAGAAUCAUGAAGUUUUGACAAUGAUAACUAGAGAUCAGAAACUCCCCCUUCAUCUUCCCUCUUGUUUCAACUUAUACCCAUUAUCUCUUGUUCCCCCACCAGGCACUACUGUGAAGAAUGUGUCUUCAUCAUCUUGAUGAUCAGCUUGUAGGUAUGGAAAGGCUGCUGUUAGGUACCCUCCCAAAGCCUAGUCUUCUCCAGGCUUGAACAAAUACAGUGCCUUCAGCUUCUCCUCACAGUACAAGUGUUCUGACCAUCUUGGUAGCCCUCCACUGAACUUGCUCCAAUUUUAUUGAUGUUUGUCUUCUCAAAGAGGUCAAAAAAGUGGAUGCAGUAUUCUAAAUGCAGUCUAAUGUGCACUGAGUAGAGGGGGAUAAUCACUACCCUCAAUCUACUGGCUAAGCUCCUGUUAAUACAGCCCAGGAUGCUGUUGGCUGCCUUUGCUGCCAGGGGACGCUGCUGGCUCAUGUUCAUCUUGCUGCUUACUGAGAUCCCCCUGCUUCUUUUCAGCAGAACUGCUCCCCUGCCAGCCACACACUAGUUUGUACUGUUGCAAGUGGUUCCUCUUUCCCAGAGGUUUACAUUUGUCCUUUUUAAAUUUUAAGCUGUCUAGGUCUCUGGCAGCCCAGCCCUUUAGCAUGUUGACUGAUUCUCCCCAAUUUGGUGUCAUCUGCAAACUUGGUAAGACUGCACUUUAUCCCCUCCUCCAGACCACUGAUGGAGAUGUUAAAUGGGACCAGUUCCUGCAUAGACCCUUGUAGUACUCCACUUGUCUCAGCCAUCCAGGUAGAGUGCAACCUGUUAGCCGCUACCAUCUGAGCCCAACCAUCAAGCCAGUUCUUCACCUAUCUAUAGAAACACAGAAUGGUUUGAAUUGGAAGGGACCUUUGGAGAUUAUCUAGUCCAACUGUCCUUUUGUGGGCAGUGACAUCUUUCACUAGAUCAGGUUGCUCAAAGCCCAAUCCAACCUGACCUUGAACAUUCCCAACAGUGGGGCAUCCACAACUUCUCUGGGCAAACCUGUUCUGGUGCCUCACCACCCUCAUCAUAGAAAAUGUCCUUAUGUCCAACCUAAAUCUACCAUCUUUCAGUUGAAAACCAUUGCCCAUUGUCCUGUCGCUACAGGCCUUGUUAAAAAGUCUUCCUCCGUCUUUCUUAUAAACCCCCUUUAUGUAUUGAAAGGCCACGUUAAGGUCUCUCCAAAGCCGCUUUUUCUCCAGGUGGAAUAACCCCAACUAUCUCAGCCUUUCUUCAUAAGAGAGGUGUUUCAUCCCUCUGAUCAUGGCUCUCCUCUGGACCCACUCUAACAGGUCCAUGUUUUUCUUGUGCUGGGGACAAUACUCCAGGUAGAGUCUCACAAGCAGAGAUGAGGAAAAUAAUCACCUCUCUUGGCCUGCUGGCCACACUUUUGAUGCAGCCCAGGAUACAAUUGAGUUUCUGGACUGCAAGUACACGUUGCUGGCUCAUAUAUAAUUUUUUGUCCCAGUGUAUCCCAGUCCUUUGUCCACAGGACUGCUCUCAAUCCAUUCAUCCCCUACUCUGUAUUGAUAUUGGGGAUUGCUUUGACCCAUGUGCAAGACCUCGCACUUGGCCUUUUAGAACUUCAUAAGGUGCACAUGGGCUCGCUUUUCAAGCCUGUCAAGGUCCCUCUGAAUGGCAUCCUUUCCCUUAAGUGUUUCAACAAGCACCACUCAGCUUGGUGCCAUCUGCAAACUUGCUGAGGGUGCACUCAAUCCCACUAUCUAUGUCACUGAUGAAGAUAUUAAAUAGUAUUGGUCCCACUGCAGACUCUUGAGGGACACCACUCAUUACUGGGUUCCACUUGGACAUUGAGCCUUUGGCUGUAAUUCUUUGGAUGUGGUCAUCCAGCCAAUUCCUUAUCCAAAAGUCCAGUUCACCUAUUCAAGCCAUGAUGUUCUAACUUGGUGUCCUGGUUUUGGCUGGAAUAGAGGUAAUUGUUACAAAGAGCCAGGACAGGUGAGCCAAGCUGGCCAGGGGGCUAUUCCAUACCAUGUGAUGUCAUGCUUGUCAGGGAGGGGUGGGUCGGUGGGCUCCAGGACAGUCUGAGUGUGGGCUGAGCGUCCGGUCAGUUGUUGGAUCAGUGAAUUGCCUUGUGUUGUCACCCAUUGUGUAUAUUCCAUUAUAAAUACUGUUGUCGUUAUUUCCCCCUCCCUUUGCUGUCCCAGUAACAGUCCUUAUCCCAACCCACGGGGUUUUGCCUUUGUCUUCCCAUUCUCCUCCCCAUCCCACCGGGGAGGGGUGAGCGAGUGGCUGCCUGGGGCUCAGCUGCGGCUGGGGCUGAACCAUGUUGCUUGGAUACAGAAAUAUUGUGGGAGAUGGUGUCAAAAGCCUUGCUAAAGACAAGGUAUAAAAAUACUGCUUUCCCCUCAUCCAUAAAUCUAGUUAUUUCAUCAUUAUAGAAGGCAGUUGGGUUCCAUAGGCAUGAUUUACCCCUAGUUAAAUGUAUGCUGACUGUUCCCAACCACUUUGUCUUUCAUGAGCCCAGAAAUGUGUCCCAAGAGGACCAGCCCCAUGAUUCUUCCAGGGACAAAAGUGAGACUGACCAGCGUGUAGAUGCCCAGGUUGACCUUUUGGUGCUUUUUUAAAAAUGGAUGCACGUUUUCUAGACUAGUCAGGGACUUCCUCAUUCUCCAUGACAUUUUAAAGGUGAUAGCUCUUGCAGAAACAUCAGCCAGCUCCUAUAGCAUCCUUGAAUACAACUGAUCAAGUCCCAUGGACUGGUGUGGAUUGAGUUUUCUCAAGUAAACCCUGAUUUCUGGUAGUUUUUCUUGAGCCCUUUGCCUAAGCACAGAGCCCGUGAGACCUUAUUAAUGAAGACUGAGGCAAGGAACACAUCCAAGUAACUAAGCCUUCUCUGUCUGAUACCCUUAAAUCACCCCACCAAUCCAGGGAUGGGCCUAUAUUUUCCUCCUUUAUUCCUUUACAGUUAAUGUAGCAACUCUUGGUGCUCUUGUUGUCCUUUGAAAGUCUAAAUAUAGCUGAGCCUUGGCUUUCCUGUCACCAUCCUUACCUGCUCAGGCAGCGUUCCUAAAUUUUUCCACAUCCAAUAUAAGCAAUUUUUCGCUGGAGCUCUGACAGCAGCUUAGCCAAGCUGAUCUUUGGAUUUGCCUGCCUGUUUUCCUGACUAUGGGGAUGGCCUGUGCUCAUGCUUGGAGAAAGCCUUCCUUAAAGGCCUGAUGGCUCUCUUGCACUCCUUUGCUCUUCGGAACUGUCUCCCACGAGAUCCUGCAUAUCAUCUUCCUGAAUAAGCGGACGUUUGCUCUCAAAGUGCAGGGCCUGUACUCUGAUGCUUACCUUCCUCACUCCCCUCAGGAGCUGGAGCUGGUUCUUGGUCAUAACAGCCAAGGCAGCCAUUCAUGACCAUGUGCCCAUCCAGUCCUUCUCUGUCAGUGAGCAGCAGAUACAGUUGCAUGUAAGUUCUUGCUGGCACAUCCAGUAGUCUGUAUGAAGAAGUUAUCCCUGACGCUGCCCAGAAAUCUUCUUGACUGCUUGAAUUGCUAUGUUGCCUUUCCAGCAGAUGUCAGAAGUUUCCCCCAUACGUGCCAGAGUCUGUGAGUCAGAGCUGUUUAGAGAAGACUUUACCUCCUUCCUUAGCCGAUCUGGUGGCCUGUAGCAUGCUCCAACUAUGUUGUCAUCCCUACUGGCCUUUCCUGGGAUCCUGACCCACAAGCUCUCAGCUUGCCUGUCACCAGCGUGCUCUGUAUCAGAGCUCCGUACAUUCAAGGCACUCUUCUCCUCCCUCCAUGACUUUCCUGUAGAGCUUCUGCGCAUCCACUGCAGUGCUCCAGUCACGCAAGCUGGCUGACUGUGUCUCAGUUAUUCCAACAAUGUUGUAGUUCUGUGAACUCGUGGAGAACUAAUUCUUCCUGCUUGCUUUCCAUGCUGCAUGCAUUUGUGCAUGUACCUUCAUGCCGCUUCCUGCCAAUUUUUUUUUCUUCAAAGGUCUAUUUUGUUCCUGUCACCUUGUACCCUUUACUUUGGAUGCCUGUCCACUACUCCUUAACUGUGGGUUGUGAUCUCCCAUCCCAUCAUUCCUACUUCAGGGCUUUCCUCAUGAGGUUGGCCAGCCUGUUAACAAAGAUUUUACAUUAGACAGCUCCGUAGGACAUUUAAGCUACUGCUGUGUGCUUUUUCUGGUAGUGAAACCUAACAGUUACUAAGAGUAUGAGAAGCAUCACAGGUAACUUAUGCUUAUGCCCUGUCCUGUUGUAGGAAGUGCAGACUCUACAGAAAACUUGAGAUCUUUCCUUAUUGCUACCUAACACCAUUUAGAUUUUACCUGCACCCACAAAAUUUCUUCUGCUCUUGCAGCUGCACUGCAGGAGUAUUCAACAGGACCUUUCGUUAGAGCUAUACCAUCCUGUCUCUACUGCUGUCUGUAAAUAUUUGUUCAUAAUUUAUUAAAAAAAAAAACUUGUUGAGAUGUAAAAA